CCAACCCUGCCUCUGCUUUGCUUGCUAGUGUGUGUUUGUGUGUCUCCAUCUGUCCCACAGGCCCCAGUCUACCCUUCCCUGCCUUUUUUUCUAAAAGGAGUCCCAGCCCUGUCUCCCCUUCUGCCAGGGUUGUACUUAGAGCCUGACUGGGGCCCUGCCCAGUGCUCAGCUUCUGAGCUCUUGGGGUGGACAGAGGACAGAUGGCCUCUUGGAGGUGGCCACAGGCCCAAGGGGCCUGCCUCCUGGGCGUGAGGGAUAUGAGGGCCCUGGCCAAUGGGCAGCUCAGAGUGGGGCAGCACUGGAAUGCUGUGGAUCCCAGAGGCUUUUUGCUUGCUUUUUCUGGCAGGCUGAGGAAGGUUUGGCAGUGCUUGGGGGAGGUGGGGGUCCCAGUGGCUACAGGCUUAACCCUGGUGUGUGAACCUGGCCCAUCCACUACCUUGGCCCAUCCCCACAGUGAUCCUGCUGGGGGCUGCUGCCCACUAAGGCCCUUGCCCCAUCUCAGGCCCAGACUUGUCUGAGGGUCCUAGCCUGGGCAUGGGGUGGCCUUGGAGUCAGCCCCACUGCCCCCACAGAACAAGGAGAAUGACACACUGAAGGCACUACUGAAAGCCAAUGUGGAGAAGCCUGUGAAGCUGGAGGUGUUCAAUAUGAAGACCAUGAGGGUGCGCGAGGUGGAGGUGGUGCCCAGCAACAUGUGGGGCGGCCAGGGCCUACUGGGUGCCAGCGUGCGCUUCUGCAGCUUCCGCAGGGCCAGUGAGCAGGUCUGGCAUGUGCUGGAUGUGGAACCAUCUUCACCUGCUGCCCUUGCCGGCCUGCGCCCCUACACAGACUAUGUGGUUGGUUCGGACCAGAUCCUCCAGGAGUCAGAGGACUUCUUUACGCUCAUCGAGUCUCAUGAGGGGAAGCCCUUGAAGCUGAUGGUGUAUAACUCCGAGUCAGACUCCUGCCGGGAGGUGACUGUAACUCCCAAUGCAGCCUGGGGUGGAGAGGGCAGUCUGGGAUGUGGCAUUGGCUACGGGUAUCUACACCGGAUCCCAACUCAGCCCCCCAGCUACCACAGGAAGCCACCUGGCACCCCACCACCUUGUGCUCCACCACCUGAUGCCCCACUGCAUGAUGCCCUACCACCUGGACCCACCCUCGAGGACUCUCCUUCCCUGGAGACAGGUUCCAGGCAUAGUGACUACAUGGAGGCCCUGCUGCAGGCACCUGGCUCCUCCAUGGAGGAUCCCCUUCCUGGGCCUGGGAGUCCCAGCCAGAGUGCUCCAGACCCUGAUGGACUUCCCCAUUUCAUGGAGACUCCUCUUCAGCCCCCACCUCCAGUGCAGCGAGUCAUGGACCCAGGCUUCCUGGACGUGUCAGGAAUUUCCCUCUUGGACAGCAGCAAUGCCAGUGUGUGGCCCAGUCUGCCCUCUUCCACAGAACUGACCUCCACAGCUGUCUCAACCUCAGGGCCAGAGGACAUCUGCUCCAGCAGCAGUUCUCAUGAGCGGGGUGGUGAGGCUACAUGGUCUGGGUCAGAGUUUGAGGUCCCCUUCCUGGACAGCCCAGGUGCCCAAGCCCAGGCGGACCACCUGCCUCAGCUGACUCUUCCUGACAGUCUAACCUCUGCAGCCUCACCAGAAGAUGGGCUGUCCGCCGAGCUGCUUGAAGCUCAGGCUGAAGAGGAACCAGCAAGCGCAGAGGGCCUAGAUGCUGGGACGGAGGCUGAGGGGCUAGCCAGCCAGGCCCAGAUCUCUACCGCAGAAUAACACCCUGGGCUGUGACAAGGCCCCUGUGACAUUUCAUGAGGCCCAGAUGUGGGCAGGCAGCCCAGGCUGCACUGUGCGGUCAGCUCCAAGCUGAUCCUAGCCCUGUGCCUGAUCCCAGCCCUAUGUGUUCAGCUUUCUAGGCUGUAGCUCCAAGUCAUGUGCAGGGACUUCUGCUGGCAGGGGGCUUCUGUGUCCACUCAGACUCUACUUCUAGUGUCCAAGAGGUAACCUCCCAGCAUUUAUCCUGCCUGAUAGUCCUGGCUUUGGGGGUUUCAAACAAGUCUUUCUGGGGUAGUAGAGGGCUGGGAGCAGCACCCCAAAUUGUUUUAUAGGAGCUGAGGUAGGAGAGGAAGGAUUCUUUGCUGCUUGGGUGAGGCAUAAGGCCUCAGUGGGUGGUGAGAGGGGGCCAUGGGCCUUGUGGGAGGACAUCUUUUGGCCGUGUACCCUCAGGUCCAGUGCUUGGUCCUGCUCUGGUCACUGGGGCUGCCCAGGAGGCAGCAGGGUCUGGUCAUAAUCCAAUGUGAAGAUGAGGUGAGGAAGGAAGGGGUUGCUGUCCAGCAUUGGCCUUGUUGCUUUGAUUCUUCCUGCACAGCUCAGCCCACCCCAUCUGUACUGGAAGGGACCCUGAAGCCCUGGGACCACCCCCUUUCAAGUCCCAAUCACUGAGCCCUCUGUCAUGUGUCCUUGUCCCUAGGCUACACUGCCACACUUGGCUCAGGCUGGCCACCAUGCUAGUCACAGGAGGGAGGGAGAGGCAGUGUACUUGCCCCCUUCUCCUGGAGGGAGGUGGGUUGGAAAUUCUAGGCCCUUCAGCAGAGACCCAUUUGUGCCCAGACCACCGUAUUUCUUCUUCCUCAGGGCCUACCUACCACAGACCUGAAUCCCCAGUGGCAACUCCUGUUAGCUCCCAAACUUAAACAGUGAUCUCUUCUAAAUAUACAAGGCAUCUACCCAGCCUCAGUAGUGAAUAAAAGUCACAAAUUUAAGUUCAAUACUCUAAGCAAUUUCUCAAAGCCAGUCUACCUGACUAGGUCUGUUACAGUUUCCAACCCCAAGGGGGAAUUAAGGGAAUAGAUUAAGAGUAGGUAAAGACCCUUCUGUUCUUUCCUGUUGUAGGGGAGGAAGCUGUUCUCCCCACCCCAGGUGCCUUUGCAGGUUAUGGCUAGGUUAGGCCCUGCACUCCAUCCGGGUACGGCCUCUCAUCACCUGAAGUCCUCUGCCGUGUUGACUGGACCCUCACUUCCCACACUGCUAAUUAUUAUGAAAGCUGCCUCUGGUCUUGUCUUCUAGCCUGUGCCUAGUUGAAAGUCUCACCUUUACAGGAUCAUGUGUCAUGCUGGUGUACAUGCAGGGAACUCACAAGCUCUGUCAGCUGUGCAGGACAAGGAAUGCCUGCUCUGGGGGGCACAGACCAACUAUAUGGAGGGAGGGCCCCAAAUCAGCAAACCCUAAGUUUGAAGCAAACCCUUCAUUUAAAGCAAACCCUUGUCAAGCCUACCAGAGCAGCUGAUACGUGUGCAGAACAGUGAGGCAUUGUGUCCUGGAUCGUCUGGGAGCCCAAUGUCAAGUCUGCAGGAAUGCAGGAAGUAGAACAGAAUCGCCACAGGACUGUUCUGGGGCCAGCUUCCCUUAACCCUGUAGCCUGGCAGUCUGACCCAAAGUUGCCCUCACCCAAAUGUUCUGGCUCUUCCCUCCCUCACUUUUACUUUCCCUUCCCCCACAAGUUGGAGGAUAAAAUGGGUAUCAAUGCUAGUAUUUCCAGGGAGAACAUGAAACCAGAGGUUUCUUUCUCUGUAAUCUGCUAUGAAAGAAAAUGACAAAUGAAAGAAAAGAAAAUAAAUGUGUACUACACUUUGAAAUAUUUUAACUAAAGCCUUUAUUCUAUA